AUGAUCGAGACUGGAUUCCUUAUUGUCGGCGCCGGACCGGCUGGGGGAAGCUUGGCAUGCUUCCUAACUGUUCAUGGUCUCAGAGGUAUUAUGAUCAGUGCUGCGUCGGGUACGGCAGAUACACCUCGUGCUCAUAUCACCAAUAUGGCCGCGAUAGAAUGCCUUCGAGACAUUGGACUGGAGCAGGAAAUUAAGAGCCUGGCUUCCGAUGGAGAAUCUCAUAUGCUACAUACCCGUUGGUGUCAUAGCAUGGCUGGCGAGGAGUAUGCGAGGAUAUAUUCGUGGGGAAAUGACCCUGUCAGAAAGGGUCAUUAUGUCAAUGCCAGCCCUUGCGUUCCGGUGGACCUUCCUCAGACUCUUCUCGAACCAGCUCUGAUUAAGUAUGCCACCAACCAUGGCUUUACAACCCGUUUCAACACUUCUUUUCUCCAAUAUAGCGAAGAUCCGAGUAGUGGAAAGAUUGUCGUCACGGUUCGGGAUGAUCUUGCGGAUACCAAGUACCAAAUACAAACGAAAUACUUGUUUGGCGCUGAUGGUGCUCGUAGCCGCAUUGUUAAACAGCUCUCGUUGCCCUUGAACGUCAAACCAGGUCAAGGUCUAGCAAUCAACAUCCUUGUAAAGGCAGAUCUUUCACACCUUAUGCAACAUCGGAAGGGAAACCUGCACUAUGUGAUGCAGCCAGAUCGCGAGCAUCCUGAUUUUGGAUGGUGGUCUAUUGUACGUAUGGUCAAGCCAUGGGAAGAAUGGAUGUUUAUUUUCUUUACGGCACCUGGAACAGACCCCAAUAUUCAACCGAGCAAUGAAGAAUAUUUGAAAAGAGUCAAGGAGUUCAUAGGCGACAACACGCCUGCUAAGAUCUUGAAUGUGUCCAAAUGGUUCAUUAAUGAGACCGUUGCAGAGGAAUAUUCCAAAGGGAACAUUUUUUGCCUCGGGGAUGCCGUUCACAGACAUCCACCAUUGAAUGGGCUCGGGUCCAAUACGUGCAUUCAAGACUCAUACAACUUAGCCUGGAAGGUAGCGUUUGUUGAAAAGGGACAUGCAAGCCCUUCGCUCCUUUCAACGUAUUCCUCUGAGCGGCAACCUGUCGGCCUGGGAAUCAUAACACGCGCAAACCAGGCACUUCGAGAUCACUUCAGAAUCUUCGACUCACUCGGACAGACAAACCCGUCCCUUGCAGAACGACUAGCCAUUCAAGAUGAAUUUAAGAGCGCAACCCCCCAGGGUGUGGCUCGCCGAAAGAAAUUUCAAGAAGGUAUUGCUCAGAGUGCUCAUGAGUUUCACGGUUUGGGUAUCGAAAUGGGUCAGCAUUAUGCGAGUGCCGCAAUUUAUGACUCUGAUGAAUCGGCACCGUAUGUUUCCGAGGGCAAGGAUGAAGUAUUAGACUAUGUACCCAAUACCUAUCCAGGGAGCAGAUUGCCGCAUGCCUGGCUCAAUAAGGCCAUUCCUGUUUCCCCUAUAUCGACGCAUGAUCUUGCCGGUCACGGCGAGUUCACGUUGUUCACCGGAAUCGGAGGGGAAUAUUGGAAAGCAGCAGCCACAGAGAUUUCAGAAACCCUGAGUGUGAAGAUCAAUGUUCAUGCGAUAGGUUUCCGACAGGAUUGGGAGGAUGUCUACCACGACUGGGCGAGAGUCCGUGGAGUAGAAGAAUCAGGCGCUGUGUUAAUCCGUCCAGAUCGCUUCGUUGCGUGGAGAGUACGUGAGGUGCUAGAAAGUGAACAAACUUGCCACGAGAAACUCUUACGGGUUAUGCAAACCAUUCUUGGCUUAGAGUUGCCGUGA